GGUGCCUAUUAUAUCACUCACUACUUUCUAUCCGUACUUUUCGCGCCACUUCUUUUCUUCACCCCAAGGCCUUCACAUCUUUUACUAUGUUUCUCUUUCCAUUCAAGAACACACACCCUUUCUAAAUUCAACAUAUUCUACCCCUCCAUAUCCAUUCCCUGUGUGUUCUUUUAUUUUACCAUUUUUCUUCUUUCGAUUUUUACUUCAACUAGGUACGCUCGCUCAUGCUGUUUUAUUUCACUCAAAAACACAUCUGCCUCCUUACAACAUUUAGGUUGUUCUAUUUAAUAUUCCACUAUAGUAUAUGCAUAUGGUGGUGUGCCAAGUGCUGGGGCAUUAGGUUCAAGUUCCAAGCAUGAUAGUAAUAGGAGUAACUCUGUUUUGAAGAGAUUGAGAUAGUUUACUCAACAAGGUGGUGAGAGGUGUUUGGUAAAAGGGCAAAAGGCAAUGACAGUUGACAAGAGAUUUGUUUUGGUGGGGAUUAGAAUUGAUGGUCGUAGCAGACAGCUACUCAACUGGGCUCUUGUCAAAGUUGCGGAACCUGGGGAUUGUGUUAUAGCAUUUCAUGUUGUUAAAAGUUCAGAUUAUGUUUCAAAAAACAAGGCCAUGAUAGAUGGUUAUUUAGAAGUUUAUGAAGGCCUGUGUGGUGUCAACAAGGUAGGUCUGACAGGUCAAAUCUUCACAGGAAGCUCCAUCCGAAACAUUCUUGUUAGAGAAGCAAAAAACCAUGCUGCCCUGGCUCUAGUGGUAGGGGGUCGAGGUGCCACAGCUAAAUAUUGCGCCAAGCGACUACCACCCACCACCAAUGUUCUAGCCAUCCAUGACUCAAGAAUUGUCUUCAGGAGGUGCACCAAUAAACAACAACCAGGUAGUCUUAUACUGGAUCCAAGACCAAGUUUAACAAGCAUUGAAGAAAAGUUGAGUAACAGAGUAAUCCAGUCUGCAUUUGGUGACUCCACCGUGGAGAUUGAGAAACCAACACGCAAAAAUUCCUUAGAAUUGAAGGAAGAAGCGUUUAACGGAUCAGAAAAGUGUGAGUCAAGGUCAAUAUCCAUGUCUGCAGGUGAUUCUGCAGAGCAGAAACUUGGGUGGCCUUUACUCCGCAGAACUAAUUCAGGAGUCUCACAAACCCUUCAUCCAAGGGACAUGUCAGUGGUACAAUGGGUAAUGACCUUACCAGACCGUUCACCACAUAAAAGUCCUCCUUCUCCUUCCAUCCAGGAAAAUCCAUUCCAAAGGGGCAUCAGAUAUAUUGACGAUGAGAGCUCUAAAAAUUCUUCACUUUCAUCCGUUGAGCUACCAACUGACCUAGAGGAUAUGUUAAACAUAAAUUCACUCAAUUGCAAGUGGUUCAGCCUUGAGGUUCUAAAGUCUUGCACUAACCAAUUCUCUUCAGAAAACUUGGUUGGAAAAGGAGGGAGCAAUCGUGUGUACAAAGGAGUCCUCCCUGGUGAAAAGCCAAUUGCAGUUAAAGUAUUGCAGUCAUCAAAAGAAGCCUGGAGAGAUUUUGCCCUUGAGAUGGAAAUAAUAUCCUCAUUGAAGCACAAAAGCAUCGCCCCUCUACUUGGGAUUUGCAUGGAGAACAAUACUUUAAUCUCUGUUUAUGAUUAUUUCCCCAGAGGCAGCUUAGAAGAAAAUAUGCAUGGAAAGAACAAGGAUGGAUCCAUCUUGUCAUGGGAAGUGAGAUUUAAUAUAGCUGUUAGGAUCGCUGAAGCGCUUGAUUACCUACACAGGGAAGCUUUGAAGCCAGUUAUACAUAGAGAUGUCAAGUCUUCCAACAUUCUUCUCUCCCAAGGGCUUGAACCACAAUUGUCUGAUUUCGGACUUGCAAUAUGGGGACCAACAAAUUCAUCCUUUUUGAUACAAGAUGUAGUUGGAACAUUUGGCUAUCUUGCUCCUGAGUACUUCAUGUAUGGAAAGGUCAGUGACAAGAUAGAUGUCUAUGCCUUCGGUGUAGUGCUACUUGAACUAAUAUCAGGAAGGGAACCAAUCAGCUCAUCCGCUUGCAUAGGACAGGAGAGUUUGGUUGUGUGGGCAAAACCAAUAAUAGACAGAGGGGAUAUUAAAGGCUUAUUGGACCCAAAUUUAGAAGGGAAAGCUAAUGAGGCCCAAUUGCAAAGAAUGGUUCUGGCAGCAUCCUUAUGCAUCACACGAUCUGCUCGGCUUCGUCCUAAACUGAAACAGAUACUGAUGAUCCUAAAAGGAGACGAGAAAGUUGAAUAUUUCCUCAACUCCAGUGAGGAUGAUCAGGAGGAUUCAGAAAAUCAAGAAAACAUUGAUGACGAAGUCUAUCCAAAUUCAAGUGCUGAGUUACAUCUGAGUCUUGCAUUGCUUGGUGUUGACGAUGACAGUACCUCACAUAGUAGCACAGACCACAGCUAUAGUGAACACUUGAAAAGACGAUGGAGCAGGUCCUCAAGUUUUAAUUAGUUACCUUCAAUUCUAAGUUUCUAACACCUAUUUGUCAUUUUUUGUGCGUGUACAGUUGCAUUGAAAAACAAAGGAGCUGCACCCCUUGAUGAGGUGGUUUGUAGAUUUAGAAUGAAUUUAUCCUGGGAAUAAUCAACAAUGUACUAAAUUUUGGUUUUAUGCAUGCAUCAUAGGAAAUUAUUGAAAUAUGCCACUAUUACUUUGCCUACUUAUUAUA